AUGCCAGCCAAUUUCCCCCUACCCCGCACAAGGCUCUCAAACCGGGUAAACCCAUCGUCUUACUAUAAAGAGCCACUCAUACCCCGUCGGAUUUAUCAGCGACCCAGACUACUACUCUUUUCUAAACAAGCCUGCCGCCUCUUCUCUUCCCGCACUACAUCCCGAACCCCAUCCACCCCGCCACCCCGCACAAUGGCUCCCAUCGAACGCAUCACCCUCUUCAACAUCCCCGACGAGGCUGCCCGGGACCGCGUCCUUGAGCAAUACAAGAUCCUCGCAAAGACUGCUGUCAAGGACGGAAAACCAUACAUCCUCGCUGCAGCAGCCGGCCCAUCUUUCCCAGACCCACGCAACAAGGGAUUCAAUCUCUCCGUGAAGACGACGUUUGCUUCCUUGGAGGACAUGAAGUAUUAUGAUACGGAGUGUGAAGCGCACAAGGCACUGAAGGCGAUUGCGGGCCCCGCGAAGCAGGAUGUCCUAACAACCUUCUUUGAGAGCGUGCUUUGA